CUAUUUAAAUCAGUCUGUCCUGACUCAGCUCAACAGUCUCCAGCCUACCAACUGGUCUCUGUAACUUCAUCUUUGUCUCUGUGGUGUACAGUCUUCAGGUGAUGAUGGGGGUAUUGAAUCAUCUCUCCACUCUCCUCCUCCUCUCUCUCCUUCCUCCUGCUCUCUCUCAUGUAGUGGUUAAGUUCAGUGAUGUUCCACAGUGCAAGACGUUCUUCCUGGAGGGGACAACUCCAAAUCUCACAGGUGUUUUGGUUGGUGGGACGGUCCAGAACCAGAACCGCUACAAGCCGAUCUGCCAGUUGUACAACAACAUCUACAGGUUUGCAACUCUCUACGACACGAUCAACAGGAUCCCUGUGUUCUCAGCCUACACCUUCACUGGUGAUGGGGGAAUCAGACCAAGUCAGUCCUGGAUGAUGGAGCCUCAGCUUGAAGAUAUAAAGGACCAAAGAGACAUGAAGAAGUCCACUUCCACCCUGACAAACGCCCGUUCCCGGUACCAAAACUUCAACCAAGGCAGAUGGAGGAUAAUGGAGGGCAAAGUCAGAGAUGCUCUUGUGAAGAACUGUAACGAUACCAACAACAGGACAAAAGCCUAUGUGGUGACUGGAGCCGUGCCCAGUAAGAAUAACACACUGAACAACAGAGUGAACAUCCCGUAUCUCAUGUGGACAGCCUUCUGCUGUUACAACAACACGAAGAACUGGACGGUCGGAGCAUACUGGGGGGAGAACACAAACGGCAGUGGGAGCAUAUUGAACCUGGAAACCUUGGGAAAACUCGAAGCCAAGUUGAAUCAAAGCUACAAUGGUACUGUCAAGGUGUUUCACGAUAAUUGUCCAAGAAACAUUACAGUACAACAGGUUAAUACGAGGACCAGGGAAGAGACGGAGAGUGAAUGUGUUGAAAUGUCAUGA